AUGAUUUUAUCCGAUGAAUCUAGGUACGAUUUAGAUGAGAAUGUCGUGUACAAGAAACUUUUGAGACUGCCGUCUACCGUUAGAGUAAAAUGGGUCAAAGAAUGGCUUCAAUGUGUCAAAGGAAGUCAAAGACGCGUUGUGGCUAAAAUAUUGGCUCGGAAGCCUGCUGUUGACGACAGUAAAACGGAAUUAAAGCUAUGUAGGUACCUCGCUGCCAAGGUUUGCACACAGGGUGUCAGUUUAAGACAAAUCGCCGAAAUGGAUUGUAUGGACCUUUUUGCCAACGGCGAUCAGUACCGGUGGAAUGUAUUGAACGCUGUUGACUCGGCGGGUAAAGACCGACGCCCGACCUUACGCAUCGCCCCAGAAAAUGUUAUCGAUGCCCUCUCGCGUGACUUGGAUGGUCUUUUCCGCAUACACACGUAUUUCACGGUGCAUCCACAACUGCCUCUCGUUAUACUGCGGGUUCAACUGUUCGAUCUCGACCGUUCCACCAGAAGAUCCAAAGUGGCAAGUAGAAGUCCAUUCUACGUUGCUUUGCCUCACAACUCGGGCACACUUAUUUUUUCCGCCGCCACUGAUAUGUACGCGAAACUAAUAGUCAGCAGCGUUGUGAGGCGUGCUUGCCACAAGAAUGGAAUCGUCUUUCAAAAGAUCAGGGACACUCCCACACGGAACCUUCACACGGUCGCCAUUUUUUGCAAUCUGACACAGGAUGCGAGCUGCAUGGGGCCUUGGAACGCUUAUGCCAAUAGCAGGCCCGAAUAUUCACCCUUACAUGAACAUGUCGUCCAGGAAAGACAAUACUUAUCUUCGACUUUAGCAUCGAGCGCGAAAGAGCGGUCCAGUUUGAGGUUUAAAGGACCCGGUGCGUUAAAUCAUGAAGAAAACCACCAGAAUAAGUCAGAAUACAGCUCUUUACAUUCGGUUUCGCAUGCCCAUUACACCGUUCAAUGCAAGUCGACCAAUACCCCGAACAUUUCUUUCAAAAUGAAACUAUCUGGUACAGACAUUUUCGCUGGAUUACAUGAGCUGUGCGACCAAACUUACAUUGAUCUCAAAAAAUUGCCAGGUUGGUUAGUCGGAGAAAAUGGACCUCGUUGCGGAGUGAUACUGAACGGUGAUUUUCAAGAGAGCCCCGAAUGA